AUGACUACCUCAGCUUCAAUUCUUCCAACUUUAUCACCCCAAGCUUCUUUAUUUACAACAUUAGUUAAAAACUCUUUAGGUUCAAAUGCCUCGAUUAUAAUUUCAAUUCUAUAUUCUUAUGGUAAAUCCACGAUUAAUUUCUUAAUUUCAAAAUCCAAAUUAAAUAAAAAAUUAGUUAAAUCUAUAUUAGUCUCAUUGAUUCAAUUAAGUAUUACGACUUACUGGACUGAUGAAUCUUCUAAACAGACAUAUUAUUUUUUGAAUCAAGAAGGUUUAUUGGUUUUAUUGUAUAGCGGUGACAUAAUUACUCAUAUUAAAAACUAUUAUCAGGAUGAUUUACCGGCUGAGAUAAUUCAAAAUAUUUUAAACUAUGGCAAUUUGACGUUGGAUAACUACUUACAAACAAAUAUGAAAAAUAGAGAAAAAUCAAGUUUGAUUGAAUUUUAUUUUAAUAAGUUAAUUUUUGACGGGUUUUUAAUGCCAAUUAAUUCAAAUUAUUUCAAGAAUAAAUUUGAGUUAUAUGAUCAAAUUUAUAAAAAAAAAUUAGUUACGGUUUUCACUAAUAAAUCGACAUUAUCGAUUGCUAAGCAAAAAAUUCAGAUUUUAAAAGAAACAGAUUUUGAAUUUGAGUCGUAUUUUUUAAUUGAUAAUUCGAGUAUUUUUCUUGAAAAUGAUCGAUUUAUGAUGAGAAAUAAUGAUUACAAUAAAAAAAUUCAUAAACGAAUCAAUGGAAAUACUUCUUUUAAGUUUAAUUUAAAAAGAUAUUUAAAGACUGUUCGUUCAACACAUUUGAUUAAAUUAGUUAAUCAGUAUUUGGGAGAAUUGCCAUCAAAGAUAUAUGAAAAGAUAUUAUUUAAAGUUGAAAAGAAUUCACCAAAUUGUUUUAAUUACGAAUUCAAUAAUUAUUUGAAUGAUAUAGAGUUUUUAUCGAAUAAUUCCAAGAUUGAUGUUACUAAUGACGGAUCAAAAUUGAUGGAAAAUUAUUUAAAUUAUGUUCGACAAGAGUAUGAAGAUAAUUCCAAGAAUUAUUUUAAUUUCAAUGAUAUAUUGAAUUUAGUCAAGAGUGAUAAUCUUGAUUUAAGUGAUUCAAUCAAUUUAAAUUUUAAGAAAAAAAAACGGCAAACUUCUAAAAUCGGCAAAAAUGAUGCCAAGGCCUCUUCAAAGAGAAAAAUUAAUACGAAAAAUGACGGAGAAGAUGACGGCUAUAAUGAUUAUGAAGAGGAUGAUGAUGAUGAUGAUUUUGAUGAUGAUUUUGAUGAUAUUGAAGUUGAUGGGAAACAAUCACAAUCUGGAUUAUUAAAUCAACACUUAAAAAUAUUGGCCAAUCAUUCUAUUCCAUUUCUUGUUGAAAAGACAUCGGGAAAAUAUUAUAUUCCGUUUUCCAAGUUGAUUCCGAUAUUAAAAGAGAAGAUAUAUUUAUAUGUUAUAAAGUCGUCAGUUGAUUUGAACUGUUUCAAGAUUCUCAACUGUAUAAUUUGCGAGCGAUUAGUUGAGGACAAAAGGUUAAUGAAUUUGACAUUGAUUGAUGAGAAGACGUUACGAAUUUGUAUUAAUAAACUAUUUAAAUUACAGGCUAUUUGUAUACAAGAGAUUCCAAAGACAGCACAUCGAGAGGCAUCUAGAGAGGUGUUUGCAUAUCGGUUUAAUAAUAAGAAUUGUUAUGAAAUACUUGGGAACAAUUUUAUUUAUGAGAGUUAUUUAAUUUUUCAAAAUUUGGAGAAGAUGAGAGAAAAAAAUUCGAUUUUGUUGAGUAAAGUUAAUAGAGAUGAUGUGAAAGGACAGGAAGAGGAAUUGUUGUUGGCUAAUGAGCUUAAUCAAUUAAAAUGGUUAAAAGAACGAGAGUUAAAUUGCGUUGGAAGAAUCAACAGGGCUAGAAGUUUGUGGGAUGUUUUUUCAAUAAUAUAA